AUGCUAGAUAUGACAGAGGCAUUCAAAUUCAGGCUGCUUCAAUCCACUCAUUAUGCUCAAGCUAACGGGCAGGCAGAAUCAAGCAACAAGGCAUAUAGAACUUCAAAGAGAGAAGCAACUGGCAUGACCCCUUACGCUUUGACAUAUGGCCAUGAUGCAAUUCUGCCUAUGGAGAUAGCUGUUCAGUCCCUCAGAAUUGCUCACCAACAUAAUCUGGUAGGAGAAAACUACUCUUAA